UUGAUUUUAUUAUGAUUACUGAACAGUUUACAGUACAUCAGACUAUCAAAGCAUUGAUUUUCUUGUCGAGAAAAGUAUCUGCAAUUGGCAAAUUCAACUUUUUUUGUGAGUGGGGGCUAUUAUCAAGCUCAUAAUGCGCGGGAAACUUGGCAUGUCGGAAAAUUCGUCUUCAUCAAAUGGGGCGCAUAGUCCGCCACCGAGAGGCGCACUUGAUGGGAUCGCGGAUCGGAUGAAACGCAUGCUGGAAAGUGGAGAUCUGUCUGAUGUACAAUUUGAAGUAGGACGGGACUUCGGACCAACGAAGAUCUUUCGAGUACACAAGUAUGUGCUAAGCAGCAGCAGCGAUGUGUUCUACACUAUGUUUUACGGGAGUCUACCCGAGAAGUGUGACACGACCAUCGAUAUUCCUGAUGUUCCUGAAGACGCUUUCGAGAUCAUGCUCAAGUAUAUCUAUACGGACAAGGUGGAUUUACUGGAUGAAGAUAAUGUUUAUCCUACGAUGGUGUGCGCUGACAAGUACGACCUACCACGCUUGGCGGAUCACUGUUUCGACUACAUCCUCGCUGAUCUCAGGGCAGAAAAUUGUCUGCAUCAUCUGGAAAAGGCUCUUUCGUGGGGCACACCUACCGCACAUAUCGUGGAGAAUUGUCUACAUUUUGUGGAUGUGUACUGUCAAGAGGUCUUGGGAUCUGAAGACUUUGCUGAAAUUAAACACAGCACAUUGCGAAGAAUUGUGGAGCGCGACACGUUUUUCGCAGAGGAAGACGUCAUCUACACGGCGGUGAACAAUUGGGCGUUGGCGGCCUGCGCCCGCAGUAAGCUGGAGGCAUCACCGGCCAAUCGGCGGAAGGUGCUGGGACAAGUUCUUCACCUGAUACGAUUCCCGCUGAUGACGGACAAGCAACUGGCAGACGGUCCCGCUGGCAGCGGUUUGCUGAAAUCAGCAACGUUAAUGGAGAUUUAUCUUCACAAGCACGCCACGGAGCAACGUCCUGUGCCGUCUGGUUUAUUCCCCACGCAACCGCGGCAAUUCCCGUUGAUCCUUGUAGGCAGCAUGGAGUUAAAGCACAAGGAGGAGAUAUUCGUGGAGGACGGACUGCACUGGUAUCCUGCUCAAUUAUUAGGAACACGUGGAUCAGCCGUCGUCGGGCUGUCGCUGCACUUUACUGACAAGAUUGUCAAGGCCGAAGCGGACCAGUUUAUUCGGGCCUCGGACAUCCUGACCGCUGGGCAACCGAUCAUUUGGUGGAAUACAUCCUUGGGACCUUGGGGGCGUUGUAAACCCGGAACGUACAUAAAGCCGGACGUUGACCAGCGGCAUGCUAUCGAUGCGUCUGACUAUGAACUAAAACUGCGGCUCCGUGAUAUAACUGUAAGCGGUAUUCAAGUGAGAACGUGGAAAAAGGCGAGAGCUGACAUCAACGGGGGGAACGCACAGGGAGGCCCUCAGAGGAAGCGUACACUGGAUGCUGCUAAUCUUGUCUGAUGUUGUGUCGGUUUUUUCAAAUUUGCUCUCAGAAUGGUGGAUCUGUCUUAAUGUUGUUCUGUGGUUCUGUUACUUUUGCAGCGACUAGACGUUGAAGUCCCGUUAACCGGGUUGUCUGCUCUUGAUGUAAUAAUAAUAUGCGAAUUUUAUCGUUCCAUUCCCGCGGUUACAAAUGCGCAAUAAGUGUUUACUUUGUCGUUUUUGCAGAAAAGUAAAAAGAUGACAUGUGAAUUCGA